GCUGCGGUGGCGCUGCAGGCAGAGGGUACUGUGCUCUGAGCCUCUGGCCACAGGAGCGCAAAGGAUCCUGCAAGCGCCGCACCUGCGGGCCCAGUUGUCGGGCUGUCGCAGAGCGGGGACCGCCCUACUAGGAGCUGCCGCUGACAUGAGUGCAGUGUCACAGCCCCAGGCUGCUCAUGACCCCCUGGAGAAGCCAGCCAGCACGGCGAUCCUGUGCAGCACCUGUGGGAAUGUGUGCAAGGGUGAGGUGCUGCGCGUGCAGAACAAGUACUUCCACAUUAGGUGCUUUGUGUGCAAAGCGUGUGGCUGUGACCUGGCUGAGGGUGGCUUCUUCGUACGACAGGGUGAACACAUCUGCACACGUGACUACCAGCGGCUCUAUGGCACUCGUUGCUUCAGCUGCGACCGCUUCAUUGAAGGGGAAGUGGUGUCAGCACUUGGCAAGACCUAUCACCCUGACUGCUUCGUGUGCGCUGUGUGCAGGUUGCCCUUUCCUCCUGGGGAUCGUGUGACCUUCAAUGGGAAGGAGUGUGUGUGCCAGAAGUGUUCCCCGCCCACGACGCUGGGCAGUAGUGCUCACCUGGCCCAAGGCCUCCGGAGUUGUGGGGGCUGUGGCUUAGAAAUCAAGAAUGGCCAAGCCCUGGUGGCUUUGGACAAGCACUGGCACCUGGGCUGCUUCAAGUGCAAGACUUGUGGGAAACUUCUCAAUGCAGAGUACAUCAGCAAGGAUGGGCUGCCCUACUGUGAGGCUGAUUACCACACCAAGUUUGGCAUCCGCUGCGAUGGCUGUGAGAAGUACAUCACAGGCCGCGUGCUGGAGGCCGGGGAGAAGCACUACCACCCUUCGUGCGCGCUAUGCGUCAGGUGCGGCCAGAUGUUCUCAGAGGGCGAGGAGAUGUACCUGCAAGGCUCCUCUAUCUGGCACCCGGCAUGUCGGCAAGCAGCCAGGACUGAAGACAAGAGCAAGAUGCACAGCUCUGUUUGCAGCCAGCCCUGCCCGGGCACCCUGCCCUGUGCCUUACAGGAAACCAGGACUUCCUCAGAGAGCAUUGUCUCCGUGCCCGCAUCAAGCACGUCGGGGUCCCCAAGCCGUGUGAUCUACGCGAAGCUUGGCGAUGAGAUCCUGGACUACAGGGACUUGGCUGCUCUUCCCAAAAACAAAGCAAUCUAUAACAUUGACCGGCCCGACAUGAUCUCCUAUUCACCCUACAUUAGCCACUCGGCCAUUGGGGACAGGCAGAGCUAUGGCGAGUCGCCUCAGUUGCUCUCACCAACGCCGACUGAGGGGGAUCAGGACGAUCGGUCCUACAAGCAGUGCCGGACCUCCAGCCCCAGCUCUGCUGGCUCCGUCAGCCUCGGGCACUACACCCCAACAUCACGGUCACCCCAGCACUACAGUCGCCCAGCUGGUACUGUGAGUGUUGGUACCAGUAGCUGUCUGUCCCUGUCCCAACACCCAAGCCCUACAUCCGUGUUCAGACAUCAUUACAUCCCCUACUUCCGAGGCAGCGAAAGUGGCCGUAGCACCCCAAGUCUCUCGGUGCUCUCCGACAGCAGGCCUCCUUCCUCUACCUAUCAGCAGGCGCCACGCCACUUCCACAUCCCAGACACUGGCGUAAAAGAUAACAUCUAUAGGAAACCCCCUAUCUACAAACAGCACGGUCCUGUAGCCCAGUCCCCAAUGUCCAAGCUCUCUGACCUGGUGUCAGUUUUGUCCUUGGUGGUGCAGGAGGCAGGGCGCUCCAAGAGACGGGCAGGGCUGAGCCCACCGCAGGCUGCAGCCACCAGGCGAUUGGAGGUGGAGGACAGCAGCUUUGAUCAGGACAGCAGGAAGAAGACUACCUGGCUGCUUCUCAAAGGGGAUGCAGAUACCAGAACAAAUUCUCCAGAUCUGGACAGCCAAUCUCUGUCCCUCAGCAGCGGGGCUGAGCGGGAGCCUCUGCCGAGGAUGCCUGGGGACAGCCUCUACUCACGCUUCCCUUAUUCCAAACCCGACACUCUCCCAGGACCCAGGAAGGAUGGCCUGGACCUCCGGGUAGGUACUUGGACCCUCCCCACCUGUGGGGCACUAACCAUCACUUGCUGCCUACCUGCACUUGUCCCUAUGGCUUUGUGGCAGCCAGAAAAGACAGGAAUCCUGCUUGCCCAUCUGCCUUUGCCUGAUGCUCUGCCCCAGAUGCUGCCACUGGAGCCUUUUUCUCAUCAAGAGUAACAAGACUGCACCUGGCCAUACUCUGGCUUCUCUCUGCUGUGCCCCGGAAGCCAGGGGGAGAUGUAGGUCACCCGAAGUGACUAGGACUGCUUUGAGAUGCUCUUCAGCCUCACCUCCUUCUCUAGUGGCUAGAUCCAGCCAAAUCUGGAAUGUUGGAGUGUUUCUGUGCCCGUGGCGCCAUAACUAUCCCAUGUCACUAACGUGUGGUCACUAGGAACAUGUCCUUUAUUACCUUUCUAAUUUCAAGUCCCAUGAAUGCAAGUGCAGGAGGCCUUCAGCCUGCCACCCCAAAGAGAGCCUGGCAUGUGCCCUGGUCCAGUGCCCUUCAUGAGAAGCCUAUAACCAUGUUGGCUCUCAAAGAAGAUCUGUAGGCUGGGGUGUCCUAAUGAUCCAGAACCCCCAGGCCUCACAUAGGCUCACAGCUCCAAGAGAAUUUCCAUCACCCAGGGAGCUUUUCCUAGUGUCAGGAAGUCUGUAUAUAAAUCAAGACAAUUCACUUAUCAAGAGAAUCAAAUAGGUGUGUGUGUGUGGUGCUGGCGUGGUCUUAUCAAAAUGUGAACUCAGGGCCAGCUGUCUGAAAUAUGCUUCUCUCUAAGGCUAUGGGACGCUCCCAAGACCAGGGAGGCAUCGCCAGAGGCUGCAGGCAUCCUUUGGGACUAGCUGUUGAUUUCCUCCUUUUUAUCAGGCUCUGAUUUACUGUGUUUCUGUCCAAGACCCAGCCUCAGGGUGUCCCCCAUACAGAUGCCUCUGCAUGGAUGGAAUCUAAAGGAUCAUGGCUUCCCCUCCCAUUAACUUCUCUUCCUGCUCCGGAAUGGACCUUGCAUGUUGCCUGCUUCGUUGAGUUAUCUCCAAUGGAAUUUAUUUUCCACAGGGACAGCAGAGGGCUAGAAACCACACAGGACUCCUCUGACACCAGAUGUCAAACCUUCCACUCAGAGUCAGGGCUCUAGGGGCUGUGGGAGCCCUGUCUGUCUUUCUAGAAUGUUCUCUUUUUAUCUGGAACAGUUGCUCUUUAAGCAAGGGGCCCUCAGGUGCCAGUGACCUGGCUUGAUCUAGCUAAUAUGUCCCCCAGCUCAAGCAAAGUUCUGGGGUUUGCUUGGUGAAUGGAGGGAAGGAAGGACACUAGACUGUCUGCAUGCCCAGCCUGUGUCCAGUCAACCCUCUGUGAGAACACAUAAAAGACGACCCCCUGGGAGAGUCUCAGCCUGCCUGUGUCAACGAUGAACUUUGUCUGCAGAGGUCAUGUUCUCUACUGGCUCCUCCUAGUCCAGUUGUAAAUAGGUGGUCUGGACCCUCGUGAAUCCAUCUUCUUUCCAAAACUAUUGUGAACAUCAUCUUAACUCUGCAGUACCAUGAGGCAGGCCUUACGUGAACAUGGGAUGGAGAGUGAGCAGAUCUGAGCACCCUGGGCUUGAACUCUGAGAGCCUCAAAGGUGGAGUCCAUCCUCACAAGACUUUCCACUUGGCCCUGGGAUCCUUUGUCCCCUGCCCAUGCUCCUGCUCAUUCUCACUCCUUCUAAUACUCGUGUGCACUCCCCCGUCUCUUCAGCAGAAGGCUGGCUAUUCACUUACCUGAGCAGCCUUUUAUAGCCAUGCCCAGCAGCUCAAGUCUGGCCCCUCUCUCUAGAGUUCCUGCAGUGCUUGCCCACAGACAUUUGCCGGUGACCCGCAGUGCCCCAGAAUCAUUCACUGGGUGCUUUGCUAUCAGAAAGGAUUCAUGUGUGUGUGGAGGGGGGAGCCGUCUAAGUCAACGCACAGAUUUAGUGAGACCAAAAUCCAAGAGAUGGAGGCCUCCAGAGAACAUUCUAUCGAAAACAAACAAAUGACAGUAUCUGAGAAAAGCUGCCAAAGCAUCAUCCAUGUGUCCCAGUAGUGAGAGCUUGAUAGCUGUGAUCAUGACUUUUAUAGUUUCUCAUCUGAAGGGGCAGAAGUCCUCCUGAGUCUUGAUCUGAGAGGAGUUUGUCACAGACCUAGUGACCCCUAGCAUUGUACAUGCCGAGAGUCAUGAGAAUGCCCUGAUGCCCAAACCUGCCGCAGGAGGACGAUGCUCAUAGUCCAGCAGGCUAGCAGCUGCCUGCUGCAGGUCCCCCUGUGAAUGACACAGGAAUGAUUGACAUGUGCCACCUGGCCCAUCAGUAAGAUAAUGGUGACUGACCACCUGAAGGUCCUUGUGGCUGAUCCCUGGAAGAAGCCCCGCUUGGAGAAAUGCCAGUGUUACCUGUGAAGAGAAUAGAUUAUAGCGUAAAACAAAAACAACACAAACAAACAAAAAACCCAGGCUGUCAGGUUGGUUAGAAAAAUAGUAUCGUAGCAUGGCAUUAUAAGAUACACACUGAAAAUGUGUUCUUCGUUAGAAAUGGUAAGAAAGAGAUGCUAAAAUCACAGAUGGGAGGCGGGAGUAGAGAUGCUACAGCAAAGUGAAGUUAAGUUUCAAACAAAUGAUACAUGAAGAGGGAGCAGAGAUGCGGAGAGUGCCAGUCUUCCAGGCUUACUGAACCAUGGCAGAUCUCAGAAACGUAAAUGUACCAAACAGCACAGCGAUCACAGGCAAGGCCGACAGGCACUUUGCAUGUUCUUAAAAUAAAACAUAGGUCUAGUAAACAAGAGUCUCCCAAACACACCUUUAAUCCCAGCACUUGGGAGUCAGAGGCAGUGGGUUAGAGGCCGGCCUGGUCUGUAUAGAAAAUUCCGGGAUAUUCAAGGCUACAUAGUGAGACUCUUUCUCAAACUAUUUAACUUUAUAUUUUUAAAGUCUCUGUCAGGAGGUAGAGACAAGAGGACCAUAAUUUAAAGCCAUCUUCAGCUCUAUAGUGAGUUCAAAGCUAACCUGGGCUCCAUAAGACCUGUCUCUGAGAGAGGCAUGGUGGGGGCGGGGGCUGCUAUGUGACUAUAGAUCUUCAGCUGUGGUCUUGGAAAGAACGUGUGUUUGAAUUAGACAGCCCUGAACUCCCAGCCGUCUUGAGGCAAGUUUUGUAACUUUCGGAGUCUUUAUUUCCUAGAACUCACCAGGGUGGAGGGGGUGGCUCUUAUAUCUGAGUGAUUAUGAGAACAGAUCCAGCUGUCAGAUCUUUUCCCGAGCUCUGUAGCAUGGUUUCCACAUGAGUCAGGACUUCAAAGCAAACCCUCGUGCCCUCUUCUGCACCAGCAUCUGCUGAGUCAGACAGUUCAUUCCUACGUGGCUUUAGCAGGAAAAUCACAGCCGCCAGUGUGGGCGGCUAUGAUCUCACUCCUACUAGCGGUUAUAGUGUAGUCUCAGGAAAGCAAAGCACAUGGACUGAUCCUCCUACAGUCCUGUGCAUUUUCUGUGUGAAUUCACCAAGGUUGCUUGACUUCUCUGAGCCUUGUCUGGAAGCCUGAGGGGGCUUCCCACUUUGUGGGGUGCAGCAAGAUAGGAGACUGUGUCAGUUGAGCUGGUAAGUGCCCCGUUGGGGAAGACGAAUAGCAUGUCACCUCUAAAAAUCCCGGUAUCUCAUUGAGAACACACAGCAGUUAAGCAGGGUGGGGCCAAGCAGUACAGUCUUGGGCCGUUUCUCUGUUGCUGGUCCACACAUACAGGUUAACCCAAGACUUGCUUGCGCUGAGUGUUCUGUAGAGCCACAUGGGGCAUAGAUUCCAUUCUUUAUGCUCUAGACCAAGAUUCCUGUUCCUCCAUUUGCAGGAUGACCCACUUCCUAUCUUUCCUCUCUUUCCUCAGACCUAGAAGGCUUGAGGAAGCUUGCUUGUUCUGCUUGGAGGUAUUGGCCUGGAGAGUCAACUGUUUGUGAUACAAGAUUCCAAACACUAGGUGGCAGCAUUCACCCUUAGCGCCAGUCAAUCUGGGCUGCAAAGGUUGGGACCAGGCAGACUGGCCUCACUGUGCCAAGAGGCUCUCUGAUGGACAGGUGUGCCUAAGGUGCCAGUCUGAGGCUGAGACAAUGUUCCCAAGAGCUGUUUUUAAAAACUUCUAAGGGUAAAUGGUGAGAGGUCAUGGAGAGUUAUUGACUCAUGCAAAGACACCUGGCCAAGGAUGCAGGGCUUAGGACCCAGAGAGGCAAAUUACAGUUGAACCCGAGGAUGGAAUCAUUGAAGUACAUCACAUGUUACUGCAGUGGUGUUAGACCCAAAUCUACCUGACUUGGUAGGGAUUAAAGGUGCACCUUUAAUCUCAGCACUGGGAAGGCAGAGACAGGGAGGGGUCUAUGAGUUUGAGACCAGCCUGGUCUACAUAGAGAGUUCCAGAACCACCAAGGCAUCUCAACAAACAAAACGAGAGAGAGAGAGAGAGAGAGAGAGAGAGAGAGAGAGAGAGAGAGAGAGAGAGAGAGAGAGAAUAUCCAAAUCCAUGUCCAAAAGUCCAUGAUAAGCCAAAUAUCGAGAUUUUAAAUAAAGGCCUGCUCCAAUCCUCUGUUUUCAACACUCACCCUCUCACCAGUUAUAGCCUGCUGGAUCCAGCUCUGAGGCAGGAAGAAGGUAAUGUCAUAUCUCUGGGCCUCUGUUUCUCUGUUUCAGAUGAAGGAUUUUAGCGUGCAGGGUCCCUCUGCUUCCACAUCCUCUGGGAUGUGUAGCCCGCUCCCAGCUUGCCCCCCAGCUUGUCGUCUGCUGUAAGGGCCAUCAGAAGCAGCUCCUCUUGUAACUGUAUCUGUAGAUGGAGCACACGGUGCCUCUACCUGCGGUGCUCUGCUGAAAUGCAAUCCCUGGGCCCGGUUUCAAAAACUCUGCCCAGCAGCUCUGACCCUGUUUCAACCCCUGGACUGCGCUGGGGCCUGGGGUAAUGUCAGGCAUUCUUCAGGGAGCUCAGCUCAGCCCACAGGUCUGGUACAGACAGCAGGUAUGGCGGGGGCAGGAGUCAGACAAGACAAGGGUGGUGCGGUGCGGGGCGGUGCUGCGGGUGGUGCACCCUACAGUGGCGGACCUCUAUAGACAGAGAGGUAGCUUGUACAUAUGCAUUUUCCAAGCGGACAGAAGAGAAAGAAAGAGCUUCAAUGACCACGAUGGAUGCCGCUUACAUGACAGUUUAUUAAUGACAGCAGGUGACAUCCCCUACCCCCAAGAAUGUCACUUCUUGGGUAUUAAUGUCAGAACAAGGCCUCUUUGUCCAGGGUACCAGGGACUUCUGGACACCAGAAUCCUUGAUGAUCCCGGAGUUGUGGGAAUGCCUAUGGUUUCCGCAGAGAGGCAGAGGCCCCUCUUGUCUUGGAGCUUUGAGGUGCAUGGACAUUGGCAGUCUGGGCUGUGUAGUUAGGCUAGGCACUGGGGACUCUGGGAAUAGAGUAUGGAUGAUGCAUAGCCCCCAGGAGGAAGUGGCCAGAAAGUGCCCCUUUGCUGUCUUGUAGGCACAGUGUGACUGUGAUGACUCUUGGGUCUCCCUAGAGUAUGGGUACUCUCCUUCCAAAGCUCACCUUUACCAUCUGUCUGUCACUUAAACCUGCCAAACACCCUGCUCCUCCAGCAGUGUGAGAACCCAGGAAGCUCUGGGGAUGUCUCCAAGCCUCCUACUGCCUGCCCCCUGCAAACUGCCUCUUGCCGGCCUCUCUCUCUCUUUCUCUCUUCCAGAAUGCCAACCUGGCCCCUUGUGGAGCAGACCCGGAUGCCAGCUGGGGCACGCGAG